UCGACUUAACUUCAGUUGUUCUCCAACUGGCGAUCGAGCAGGUAGUCUUUGCCGCAUUCCUACUGGCGGUAGCUGUGUUAAUCUCAACGAAAGAUUUGAAAAUAAAUUUCGAUUUCAACGCUACAACAACAAAAAUGGCUGUUAGUUUUGUACAUGUCCCAGCUGGAAGUGAUUUUCCCUUGGAAAAUUUACCCUACGGUGUGUUCUCUACAAAGGCAAAUCCCCGCAAACGUUUGGGUGUUGCCAUUGGUGACAGCGUUUUGGAUUUGAGUGGUGUUGCCUCAUUUUAUCCACCCGAAGUACAGGAUGCCUUGAAUGCCGAAUCAUUGAAUAAACUGAUGAGCCUUGGCUACACUGCCUGGAAUGUAGUUCGGACCAAAACCCGUGAAUUGUUGCUGAAAAACUCGGUUUUGGAACAGAAUGCUGCCUUGGUGCAGAGCGUCAUUGUCCCCCAAAAGGAAUGUGAAAUGCAUUUGCCAGCCGAAAUCGGAGACUAUACCGAUUUCUAUUCUUCAAUCCAUCAUGCCACCAAUGUUGGUAUUAUGUUCCGUGGCAAGGAGAAUGCCUUGAUGCCCAAUUGGCGCCACAUCCCUGUGGGCUAUCAUGGUCGUGCCAGUUCGGUGGUUGUCUCCGGAACUCCCAUUCGUCGUCCUCUCGGCCAAACUUUACCCGUUGAUGGUCAACCUCCCGUCUUCGGUCCCUGUAGAUUAUUGGACUUUGAAUUGGAAAUGGCUUUCUUCAUUGGUGGUCCUGGCAAUCAGCUGGGUGAACGCAUACCCGUCGAAGAGGCAUGGAAAAAUGUUUUCGGUUUCACUUUGAUGAACGAUUGGAGUGCCCGCGAUAUUCAGAAGUGGGAAUAUGUGCCAUUGGGACCAUUUACCGCCAAGAAUUUGGGUACCACCAUUUCACCUUGGGUUAUUCCGGUGGCAGCUUUGGAACCCUUCCUGGUCGACAACUAUCCCCAGGAACCGGAAGUUUUUCCCUAUUUGAAACAUCAGAAACCUUUCAAUUUCGAUAUUAACUUGGAGGUGUAUCUGAAACCCGAAAACAGCUCGGAAACCAAAAUUUGCAAAUCGAACUACAAAUAUCUGUAUUGGACUGCCAUGCAACAAAUUGCCCACCACACCGUGACUGGUUGCAAUGUCCGCCCCGGUGACUUAAUGGCCUCGGGUACCAUCAGUGGUGAGACGGAAGAUUCCUUUGGCUCCAUGUUGGAGUUGAGCUGGCGCGGUGCCAAGACCAUCAACUUGAAUGAUGGUGCCACCCGUAAAUUCUUGCAGGACGGUGAUGAGGUCAUCAUUAGGGGUUAUUGUGAGAGCAAUGGUGUUCGCAUUGGCUUCGGCGAAUGUGCUGGCAAGGUCUUGCCAGCCACUCCAUUCCAAUAACUUCUUUUGUUUUGUAAUUAGUAGAGUAGUAAUGAACAAAUGCAUUUAAUGUCGAUCAAUUUUUUGAAAUAGAAAUAAAAUAUACUUUUGAAAAAUUUUGAAUUGAAA